GGCAGAGUGGGGAAUUACUUCGUUUUGUAACUGCAAAACUACUCCGGCAGGAAGAGGUAGAAUCACAAUCUUGGGAUGUAAUCCGAUCCGUCUAAUGUUCAUACUCGUAAUGAAAUUUCGGUACUUGUCAACGUAAAUGUUACUAAUCCAUUAGUGUUUAGUUGGUGAAGGGUUAAACAUAAUGCUGGAAUUAAGAAUAACCAAAACAUAUUCCAUGCACCAAUAAUAUUUAGCAAGACAAAUUGAUGCUAGCAUGCAUACAUCAUCAUUUGAGGUUGGCAUUGAUUCUUCUUGAUUAUUAAAUUUUAUAUCACCUAGCCAGUCGCUUCUCCUUAGUUUUCUGUCUAUAAAUUAGCUAUCUAUCCUUAAACGUAUCUCUUAAUCAACACUUCUAAUCACCUUUCAAAACAAUCUCCUUCUCUAAUUAAUCAUCAUGUCUACUGAGGAAGUGGUGGCGAAAGAUACGGCUACUGUCGAAACAGGGGGAGUCUCAAAUGAUACCGGCUCUGAUGCUAGCUCCCUAAGUUUAACAGCAGGUUUGGCCGUCCGGAAAUUGUUAUUCUGGACGGUGUUUGUCGCUGCAAUCGUUGUACAUACAAGUAAACAAACGGUAGACGGUUUAUCUGAUGGUUCAAAAACAACCAAAUAUACCAACUAUCCUGCUUACAAGUAUCUCUUGUCGGUUCUUUGGAUAGUUUGUGGCUACACUUUUAUUGCAUCCAUAAAUUCAGCCAUUUGUGGAAGGUCUGGAAACAAGUAUUUCAUUCUCAGUCUCUUAAUGUGGGAUGCCAUGAUCUUAACACUUAUGGCUUCUGCUACUGGUACUGCCGGAGCUGUCUUGUUUAUUGGAACUAAAGGAAAUUCCCAUGAUGGAUGGUCAAAAACAUGUAAUGUUUUCGAUAAGUUUUGCCGUCAUAUGUGGGCAUCAUUUGGACUAUCGAUAUUUGCAUGCUUUCUCCUUGUUUGGAUUAUCGUUUACUCAGCUGGUGCCAUCAAAACAGCUUGAUUAUAAUUAUACCCGGACUUAUAAUUAUACCCGGACAUAUAUGCUCGACUUGUGUGAAUUUGCUUCUAUAUAUUUAGAAUCGUCGUUGUUUGUGAUCUUCCAAUCGAUUCUCUUUCAACACACCGGGGCCUAUGUGUGCAGUUGUGUACGUAUAUAGAAUGGAUGUAAAUUUAUUUUGUUGAUUUCGUGAAGUGAAUAAUGAAUUUGCGAGUAAGUUUGAUUUAUUA